AUGACGACAAUCACAGAAGGGCCGGGCAGCGAACUCACGCCCAACUUUGCUCCCUUCUUUGGCAUGGCCGGAAUCGCUUCUGCUAUGAUCUUUGGCUGUAUAGGAGCCGCCUACGGCACCGCAAAAUCAGGCAUCGGAAUUGCUGGCGUGGGAACUUACCGCCCUGACUUGAUCAUGAAGGUCUGGAGUGCACGGAUAUCCCCUCCACAUGCCUCGUCUAACGGCGAACGUCAGUCCCUCAUCCCCGUCGUCAUGUCCGGAAUCAUCGCCGUCUACGCCCUCGUCAUCGCCGUGCUCAUCGCCGGAGAUAUGGGGCCCCCGCCUCAGCAGAAUUACAGCUUAUUUACUGGAUUCAUGCACCUGGCCUCAGGAUUAAGUGUCGGCCUCGCCGGCCUCGCAGCUGGCUAUGCCAUUGGGAUUGUGGGAGACAUGGGUGUGAGAUGUUAUAUGCAGCAAAGCAGGAUAUUUGUGGGCAUGGUGCUCAUUUUGAUCUUUGGUGAGGUGCUGGGGCUCUACGGGCUGAUUGUAGGACUGAUUUUGCAUUCAAAGAGUUGA